GUGUCUCACUCUAUUGCCCAGGCUGGAGUGCAGUGGCCUGAUUUCGGCUCACUGCAAGCUCCGCCUCCCAGGUUCAAGAGGUUCUCCUGCCUCAGCCUCCGGAGUAGCUGGGAUUACAGGCAGCCAACACCACACCCAGCUAAUUUUUGUAUUUUUAGUAGAGAUCUGGUUUAUCCGUGUUGGCCAGGAUGGUCUCAAACUCCUGACCUCAAAUGAUCUGCCUGCCUCCGCCUCCCAAACUACUGUGAUUACAGGCCUGAGCCACUGUGCCCAGCCUUUCUCCCUGAAUCGUUAUGUGCCUGCAGCGCCAAAAGGGAGCUCCUGGCCCCUGGCUCGGGGCCCCAGAGGCCCAGGGUCAAGGCUAUGGCCGCAUCCCAAGGAUGUUCAUCUCUGCAAGAGGCUGCAGCCAGCAGGCAGGGAAGAGGCUCCCCGGGGGCCUGCGCGGAGUCCGGCUGGGGAAAGCGAACCGAGGUGCUCUUGAAGAAACGGGGGAAUCCCGCCGAUCUCAGGGGUUCAGUCCCGGCCUGCCGCGCUGGAUCGUCCAGCCUGGGCCUCGCCCUUCUUGGCUGGGGCUGAGUGCGGGGGUCCGGCUUCCCCAAAGUCCUAGCCCCGCGUUCCCAGCCUUUGGCCCCCAAGGGGUAGCGCCCGGUUCCGCCCUCCCCUCCAGGCCUGGCACUCGCCCUCAACCAACAUGGCGCCCGCGGGCUCAGCACGUCAUGCGGAACGCCCGCCGGGCUCCUCCCUCGCUGCGCUUAUCCCCGCGGGCUGCGGCCGGGCGGCAGCGCUUGAGGGGAGGCGGCGGCGCGGGAAGCAUGGUCCGGGGGCCGGCGGGGGCCUGGGCGGCGCUCGGGCCGCUGCUGUGGGGCUGCGCGCUGGCGCUGGCGCUGCCGGGCGGGAUGCUGUACCCCCGGGAGAGCCCGUCGCGGGAGCGCAAGUCGCUGGACGGCCUGUGGAGCUUCCGCGCCGACUUCUCCGACAACCGGCGCCGCGGCUUCGAGGAGCAGUGGUACCGGCGGCCGCUGCGGGAGUCGGGCCCCACCCUGGACAUGCCGGUUCCCUCCAGCUUCAACGACAUUGGCCAGGACUGGCGGCUGCGGCAUUUUGUCGGCUGGGUGUGGUACGAACGGGAGGUGACCCUGCCGGAGCGGUGGACCCAGGACCUGCGUACAAGAGUGGUGCUGAGAAUUGGCAGUGCCCACUCCUAUGCCAUCGUGUGGGUAAACGGGGUCGACACACUUGAGCAUGAGGGUGGCUACCUCCCGUUUGAGGCCGACAUCAGCAGCCUGGUCCAGGUGGGGCCCUUGCCUGUCCACCUCCGUAUCACUAUUGCCAUCAACAACACGCUCACCCCCUCCACCCUGCCACCAGGAGCCAUCCGCUACAUGACCGACACCUCCAAGUACCCCAAGGGUUACUUCGUCCAGAACACAGACUUUGACUUCUUCAACUACGCGGGGCUGCAGCGGGCUGUGCUUCUGUACACGACACCCACCAGCUACAUCGAUGACAUCACCGUCACCACCGGCGUGCAGCAAGACAGUGGGCUAGUGAAUUACCAGGUCUCCGUCAAGUGCGGUAGCCAAUUCAAGUUGGAAGUGCGUCUUUUGAAUGCAGAAAACAAAGUCGUGGCCGAGGGGACCGGGACCCAGGGCCAGCUGAAGGUGCCGGGUGCCAACCUCUGGUGGCCAUACCUGAUGCACGAACGCCCCGCCUACCUGUACUCACUGGAGGUGCGGCUGACUGCACCGACGUCAGUGGGUCCUGUGUCUGACGUCUACACGCUCCCUGUGGGGAUCCGAACCGUGGCCGUCACAGAGAGCCAGUUCCUCAUCAAUGGAAAACCUUUCUAUUUCCACGGCGUCAACAAGCACGAGGAUGCGGAUAUCCGAGGGAAGGGCUUCGACUGGCCGCUGCUGGUGAAGGACUUCAACCUGCUGCUCUGGCUUGGUGCCAACGCCUUCCGCACCAGCCACUACCCCUACGCGGAGGAGGUGCUACAGAUGUGUGACCGCUACGGGAUUGUGGUCAUAGAUGAGUGUCCUGCCGUGGGCCUGGUGCUGCCGCAGCACUUCAGCAACACGUCCAUGAAUCACCACAUGCGGGUGAUGGAGGAGCUGGUACGCAGGGACAAGAACCACCCCGCUGUGGUGAUGUGGUCAGUGGCCAACGAGCCUGCGUCCUACCUGGAAUCUGCCGGCUACUACUUCAAGAUGGUGAUCACUCACACCAAAGCCUUGGACCCCUCCCGGCCUGUGACCUUCGUGACCAACGCCAACUAUGCAGCAGACAAGGGGGCUCCCUACGUGGACGUCAUCUGUGUGAACAGCUACUACUCUUGGUAUCACGACUAUGGGCACCUGGAGUUGAUUCAGCUGCAGCUGGGCACCCAGUUUGAGAACUGGUAUAAGACUUACCACAAGCCCAUCAUUCAGAGCGAGUACGGAGCGGAAACGAUUAUAGGGUUUCACCAGGACCCACCUCUGAUGUUCAGUGAAGAGUACCAGAGAGCGCUGCUGGAGCAGUACCAUCUGGGUCUGGAUCAAAAACGCGGAAAGUACGUGGUUGGAGAGCUUGUCUGGAAUUUUGCCGAUUUCAUGACUAACCAGUCACCGCAGAGAAUGCUGGGGAAUAAAAAGGGGAUCUUCACACGGCAGAGACAACCAAAAACUGCAGCGUUCCUUCUACGAGAGAGAUACUGGAAGAUUGCCAACGAAACCAGGUAUCCCCGUUCAGCUGCCAAGUCACAGUGUUUGGAAAACAGCCCGUUUACUUGAGCGAGAGCCACCUCUUGACUGACACCGCCUGCGUGUCCUUCCUUCCGAGUCAGGGCAACUUCCCCACAGCAGAGCACGUGCCUCCUGGACUGUCCACGGCUGGCUGGACUGUUUCUGGCCUCGGUUUUGUGGUCCAUCUGUGCUAGCGGGGAACACGAGAGGUGGAAAUAAGAGAUUUCCUAGUAUAAAUAAAGAGUUAGCAUGAA